GUGAUUUUUUGUAGGAGCAACAAGAAACUACGCAGCGAGGAUCCCGUUUUGUUUUGUGUGUUCACAGUAUGUGUCUUUGACGAGAUAGUCGUCGUUGGUUCCAGCUUGCUGAGUUUCUCCUCGUAACCUCUGGUUCUACUAUAGCUCCGUCAGUAUCCUGAAACACUGCCUUGCUGAUCACUCUAGGCUUGCUUUGAUAGCACAUCUUCGGGCAAGGAGUUUGUAGAAUUGGAUAAAUGCCGCGCUGAGGUUCUGGAUGACAGCCGAGGCUGGUCUGGCAAGCUUUGUUUGCAGUCCCUGAGUUUUUUCAGGGCUCAGCAUGCCCAGACAGGAUGAAAAAGGGCAAGACCCAGGUCAAAGAAAGCCCAGCUCUCGUCCUGGUCACAGGGGAGAAUCCUCUGCGAGAGGAGGCAGCACAUCGGGCUCCUCGUCCUCCAGUGCGUUGAUGGUAGGACCCAAUUUUCGAGUUGGAAAAAGAAUAGGAAGUGGCAACUUUGGUGAAUUGCGACUUGGCAAGAAUCUGUACAACAACGAGUAUGUUGCGAUAAAACUGGAACCAAUGAAGUCGAGAGCGCCGCAGCUUCAUUUGGAAUAUCGAUUUUACAAAGCGCUUCAAGAUCAAACAAAAGCAGAUGGCGUGGCGAAAGUGUAUUAUUUCGGCCCAUGUGGCAAAUACAAUGCGAUGGUCCUAGAGCUAUUAGGACCCAGUUUAGAGGACUGCUUUGACGUAUGUGAUCGGACGUUUUCUCUGAAGACCGUGCUUAUGAUUGGACUCCAACUGCUGGAUCGGUUCGAGUAUGUGCAUAGUAAACACAUGAUCUACAGAGAUGUGAAGCCCGAAAACUUUCUCAUCGGCCCACUGCAUGACACACGGCGGAGGAAGACCGUUCACAUCAUUGAUUUCGGCCUCGCUAAAGAGUAUUAUGAUCCCGAGACGAAGAAGCACAUUCCGUACCGUGAGCACAAGAGUUUGACCGGGACUGCGCGGUAUAUGAGCAUCAACACGCAUUUAGGGAAAGAACAAAGUCGGAGAGAUGACCUGGAAGCACUCGGGCACAUGUUUAUGUACUUCCUUCGUGGCAGCCUUCCUUGGCAAGGACUAAAGGCGGAUACACUGAAGGAACGGUAUCAGAAAAUUGGCGACACGAAACGAGCGACGCCAAUCGAAGUGCUGUGCGCCAAUUUCCCCGAGGAGUUAUCAACGUACUUACGGUACGUGCGAAGACUCGACUUCUACGAGACUCCGGACUACAACUACCUUCGCAAGCUCUUUCACGACCUCAUGGAGAGGAAGGGUUACGACAACGACGGUGUGUUUGACUGGACGGGCAAGGAGCUGAAUACGCCCACCGGCCACCUGACUGCGGAUCUCAAUCGGGAUCGGUCCAAGGGGCAACAGGAUCAGCGUGCUGCCCAGUCUGCGAGCAAGGUUGCUAGCAGCGGCCUGGAAACACCAAACACGGUACGAGAAACCAAGACGGUCAGCUCCACUCGUGUUCAGACGUCGGCGAAUGGUGACCAGGCGGCCGAAGAGGACACCACCCAGGCAGCUGCCAGCAAAACAGCUCUGAAAGGUGACACUGUCGCUGAGCCUUCGGCGCCCGCACACGACUCCAAUCCGCCUCAACACCAGCAGCAAUCCGCCCAGCAGCAACAGCAGGCAGCUCAGCCCGAUGAUCCUGAAGUCGUUGUUGAAACCCGGUGUUGCUGCUGGAAGAAGAAGCGACGUGUGCAAGCUGCCUCCUAGCUCGCUGGCCAGUGGUAACGUUUCUCUUUUGCACGUACGCGCUGGAUCUGUGGUGCGUCCUGGCGCCGAUACCGUUUUUGAGGCCCAUCAAGGCCGUGCCUUGUAUUGUGCCCUCAUGCCGCUGGCUGCACAGCCCGCCUCCCUCCGCACAGGCCUGCGCCGACUCAAAUGUUGCUCUGAAUCCAGUCCUGUCACAUGCAUGAGAGCGCUUGGGCGCCCGCGCGCGAGUCUCUGGUGAUGAAUGUGCACGUAAAUCGCACCGCUUCCAUCGCUCUUGUACAAAGUUUUCGACCAUCAUGGGUCCUCGGAAUGCUCUCUCUCUGCGUCAUCUCUGUCUCAUGCUACUCAGUGUGCCUCCUUUUGUCCCGCUUUCCUGGCUGGGCGGAAAUCUGAUGUUAACUGCUCUCUUCGCGCCCUGUUGGUUGAGUUCAUCUGCCGGCAUUGCUAGCUGUACAACUGGACUCCUGUGCUACAGCUUCUGUCCUCGCUCUUUCGUGUCGUCACUGUACCAGUGGCUACCAGUUCGUUUUUAAACUACUGGCCCAACUCAUCGCAAUGCAGUGUAUAUGUUUUUGUUUCGGUUUUUGCAACUGUAAUAUUUCGAGGAUUAAAAAAAGACUUUAUAGCUAGGUUUUCUUUCUUUUUUCCGCCGUUUUGUGCUUAUUCUUUGAUACUGACAUCAUCAUGACCUAAAACUAUUGUUACCAAUGCACAUGUAGAAUGUCUCAUUUUCGCUCCUGUCAAAUGUGUAUCUGUAUCAUCCGUGUACAUUAAACUCACAACUCAUUUUUGCUACGUAUGACCCUCUGCUACUUGCUCUUGUAAAGCUGUGUUCAUCAUGCAUCUGUUAGUUUGAUAUGUCUUGUCUCUCUGCCCGUUGUCGCUGUUGUUGGCUUUUUUUUAACAUUCUCUUUUGAAGCCUGGGGCGUUUUCCACACCCGAAUUGUGUAUAUGCUGUGUUAGAGGUUGGCUGCCCGUUUCACGUCGACACAUACAUCUCCUACGUACUUUAUCUUUAUCAAUAUAUCUCCCACUGUCUCUCCUUUCCCACUCCUGCACUCUCUCCUGUUCUCCGUUUUCCUAGUAGAAUCCCCCCCCCCCCCCUCUCUUUCUCUCUCUCUCUCUCACUCACUCACUCUGCCACUGAGUGUCACAUUUCAGCCAACCUUUUGCUAAUAAUUUGAGUCGAUUGCGCAGUGGGCCAUCCUCUGGAGUUUCGACUUGUCUGCUGUCUGUGCCUGUCACCGUGUUUUUGUCCCCGUAUUUGCGGUUUAUCUUUGGAUAGUGUACAAUGCCCUUCUUUGUGUUUGCUGGUGUCUUGUUUCUGAGGCUUGCUGCUUUCGGUCAUGCCGCGCGUCCUUCGUGUAUUUGUCCUGGCGAGCCUAGCCGCCAGCAUCCUGGUAGCAUUCAUGCGUACACAUGGA